AUGCAUCAGGAACUUCAUGGCGAUGAUUUUAAUAAUCGAGUGGUGUUUUGCAAUUGGGCACUCACACAAAUACAAAGAGACCCACAAUUCUUUUAUCGAGUAAUGUUCUCCGACGAAUCAACUUUCACGAACCAUGGCAAUGUUAAUCGUCACAACAUGCAUUACUGGAGUGUGGAAAACCCACACUGGUUACGUGAAGUUGAGCAUCAGCGUCCUUGGUCCGUUAACGUUUUGUGCGGAAUCAUAGGUGACAAACUAAUCGGUCCCGUAUUUAUUGAAGGUACAUUGAACGGAGAAAAAUACCGUAACUUAUUGCAAGAGGAACUACCGAUUCUGUUGGAAGAUGUACCUUUCGCAGUGCGACAGAACAUGUGGUUCCAGCAUGAUGGUUGUCCAGCACAUUAUUCAUUAAUAGUACGAGAAGUGUUAAAUCGUAAUUACAAUGAUUGCUGGAUCGGUAGAGGUGGUCCGGUAAAUUGGCCUGCCAGAUCGCCAGACCUGACGUCACCAGAUUUCUUUUUGUGGGGUUACCUUAAAGAAAAAGUGUAUACAGAAGUACCAAAUACUCGAGAAAACAUGAUGGAACGUAUUAGAUAUGCUUGCGCACAAAUAACGCCAGAUACACUUUCUACAUGUGUACAAGCAUUCCAAGGUCGAAUUAAUAAAUGCAUCGAAAUGGAAGGUCAUCAUUUCGAGCAUUUAUUGUAA